AUCAUCAUCCUUCACCAUGGAACGCCAAGAACGUGCCGCUCUUGUGUUUCCCCGGGGCAGUUCAAUGGGAUACCUUUUAGCCAUCGCCAUCCCACUGCUCGUGCCGGGUCGGAACAUCUAUCUCUCGCACAACUUCGAAGCGAACUACGGUGUCCCAUCGAACGAGACGCAGUACUUUCUCUGGUAUCAGCGCUUUAAGGAUAGCGGUUUUAACAUCACCAAAGCGAUCGCAACGAAUCGACGGCGACGGAGCAGUGCUACUCAGCAGCCUGGGCUGAGCCGACGUUACUUCUACGACCAGCUCGAGGAGCGCAUGCAGCUGUACGGGUUCAAUGCGACCGGUUGCAUGGAGCGGCUCAUUUGUGAGAUGUCGGAACUGCCACUCCACGAGCAUAAUGGUGUGUUUGGUGAUGUGCUGAGUGUGAUCUUAAGGCCAUCGUCUUCCGUUCGCGAACCACUGCCCGUGUCGUACUACGAGGCGGAAACGCGAGGAGCCAUUGAGGGAUGCCACCGAUAUCGGGCAUUUUGCCAUACAGAUCUGCUCGGACUGGCAUCAAUUGUGCUGAUGAUCACCCUUUAUCGCUGGCUAGUGAUGUUGGCCGUACUGUCGAUCGCGCUUAGUGACGGUGAUGCCCCAGAGCAUGACGUUGUCAAGAGCCGCCAGAAACGUAUUGUGUUUCCACUGAACGCUGCUAUCGGUAUCAUUUUUGCCAUUGCUGUACCGCUAGGCAUACCGAGCAGGAACAUCUUUAUGUCGUACAAUUUUGAGGGCAACUACAACAGUCCGCAAGAUGCCAACGUCUUUACCGAGGGGUUCGGUAACUACAUAAAAGGUAUCGUGGAACCACUCACCGCACCAUCCGUCCCGGUAGAGCAGUAUGGUAUUAGAAAGCGAAGUGCGCAAGAAAGUGUGACUCGGCCCAAGAUCACACCGCAAGUAACACGAAGGCAGAUGUACAAAAUGCUCCAGAAACAGCUUCAGGGCCAACACUAUCAUGGGAAGAAAUGUCUGAAGCGCAUGAUUUGUGAAGCGGCAUUUCAUCCCUUCAGUGAAGCUAAUGGCGUUGUUGGAGACAUAAUGCAGAUACUGUUAAGUCCCUCGACUUCAAUGGAUGAAUUGCUGCCGAAGGAGUAUUUAAUCGCGGAAGUUGCCGGACAGAAUGGAUCGUGCGACGAGUAUCGACAAGACUGCCCAAAGGAUCCGCUUGAGAUUUGGCUACAUUUUAUCGUCCCCUUGUUGGUGAUACCAUUUGCCGCCAGCGAGAACACAACCGAUCACGAUGGCCCGCUGCAAGAGGAGGGACGUCUGCUGAUCCGUGGCAAACCUGUGCUAGUGUAUCCGGCAACGGCGCCCACCCGUCACCAGCUGAUCGGUGGUAUCGGUGUGCCUGUGCAUGGAAUUCCUCACUCGGUCGUGUUUGGCUGGGUGUUGAAGGCACAGUACUAUCUACCGAGCGUGCCAGGCAACUAUGAGCCGAUCAAUCUCGAGAACUGGAACGAAAGCCGGCGUGCAUUUCCCGAUCGUACACGCCGAUCGAUCGAACGCUAUGAGGUGGAUAAUGUACGCAUCCGGGUGGAACCACUGCCGUUGAAAGAUGUUACGAACAAUGCGGCGCAUGGCGACGAUGAUUACUACGACGAAGAGUUACUGGACGAGGUCAGCGAUCAUGAACAAGUAGUGCCUGGGGAGGGACAGAAGGACUCUGAUGAUGGAGAGCCUAAGGAUUCUCCGGGCUGGUCGGAAACAAACGCACAUCCGGAAGAUUAUAAUGUGCCAAACGGAAGAUGGAUGGUGUAUAAGGCGAUGGAAGGUCUUAGCAGUGGAUAUGGUUAUGGCGGUAGGGCCUGUGUGUUGCGGAGCAUUUGUGAAGCGGCUGAUGUGCAAUUUACCCACACCGGAGGAGUGUUUGCGGAGCUGCUACACAUCAUGUUUAGUCCCUCUACGACAAAAGAACCAAUCUCAGAGCACCGGGACAAUGAGUACUUCCGGGCAGAACAGUUAGGCCGAGCCGGAGCACCCUGUUCUACGCUAUUCCACGAAUGUUCCACUUCCCUGCUAGACAUGUUCUCCGGUGUGCAUGAUCUUCACCCAGCAGCAUCAUCAUCGUUCGAACCCAGAUAA